GCCAUCCUCCACCAUCACCAUUCGAAAAGCGCCUCAUCCAGAUGGCAGACCGCCGUCCCAGCAGCCAAGACGAGCCUUCGCGACGCGAUCAUGCUCCUUCAAUCUCUGUCCAUCCGCCCUCAUCAACGACCACAACAACCACGACGACUACUUCUUCAGACCCCCGAUCCUCGAACACAGUCACCACGACCUCAGGACCUAGAAAUACCACCACCUCCAGCAAUGGGCUGAGCACCACCACCACCACCACCACCACAGGCCCCACAUUCACUUCCAUCGUCCCCAGGAGACCAGCGCCACUGCAGCCAUCCUUGUCCUCGACUCCGCAACGUCCCACGGUUUCGCGGGCGGGUUCGGGAUUCCGUCUACGCAGACUUGCGUCCUCGAACUCUUUAUAUCAGCAACCAGUGCGAUCGUCUGCGAAUGUACCUCAAACUCAGCAGCACGACACGAACGAUGGGCCCUCGAAUCGCCGGCGGAGCAGCUCCGAGCCUCAACGGCCGCAGCUCUCCGCCCUGGCCGACGACCUUGCCAUUAGGAGGCAGAUGACAGCGCAAUCGAACUACCUCUCACCCGUCCAGGAAGAUGGAUCUGCACAUCCAAGCAAUUCCGAAAAUCUCUCGGUUCCACCCAUCGCUCCGUCAGGUUCGCGGCGAAGAGCGAGCACUUCGGCUAGAAAUAUACUGCACAGGCUACCUUCCGGCACCAAUAUGCUUGCAGCGUCUGGCCAGGACCAUCAGGAGUAUGAUUCAAAUAUUAUUGACAUGCUCGAUGUUAUUGAUCCCGAAGUGGCAACCCUCACGACCCUAAACAACGUACAAAACUCCCUCUUCAUCCCUAACCUCGGUAGUUUCUACCGCAGACAACCUACAUACGACCUCUCCAGGCAUUCCACCGAUUCCGACUCUUCCACGGAUGAAGACAUUGGCGUUGCCCACGGAGAGCCACCACACAACUUCCUCCAAGGAAUCGAGGGCAUCGCGAGCCAGGACCAGGCCUAUGACGAGGAGAAGGAUCCACAACGGCCGUACUUAAAUCGAUAUGAAAGCUCGGCAACCAUCUCUUCUGUGUUGACUAGUCUGGAAGAAGGGCACAACUACGCUGUCCUGCCACAUGGCGCGUCGCUAGAGGGAUGGAGUGCGGAGGAUAAAGCGGAAUUGAACGACCACGUCAGACAUCUAUUACACUCGCGACGAGCUGCUUUCAAGAGAGGGAUGCGUGGGUUUGGAAAAUAUGUUCAAAAGCCUGUUGGAUUCUUCGUCACAUUAUACGCAUUUUUACUUACCUUCUGGGGCGCCGCCUGGGUCCUCUUCAUCAUCGGCUGGAUCUCCGUCGGCGACCGGCAAGCCUACUUCAUCGAAAUCUGCGACCAAAUCCUCACAGCCCUCUUCUGCGUCGUCGGCAUCGGCUUCGCGCCCUUCCGCGCCGUCGACACGUACCACAUGAUCUUCAUCGCGCGCUACGCGCACCUCACCUGGAAACUGCGCAAGCAGCGCGCCCUGCCCGAGCUGCGCGACCACAACGAACUGCCCACGCUGCCCGACAGCAACCGCGACAUCGAGAACCAGUCCGUCAUCGACAAGUCCGACGAGGACCCGGAGGGCAUCGUGCUCACCGAGGAGCAGCAGCGCAAGCUCGAGUACCACCAGGGCAAGUUCGCCAAGAGCCACACGUUCUACAAACCCCACGAGACGUUUACGCAUCGCGCGUUCUCGCUGCGCCUGCUGAUUACCAUCGUCGUGCUGCUGGACUGCCACUCGUGCUUCCAGAUGGCGCUGGGCGGGACCACGUGGGGGAUCUAUUAUAAGGACCGGCCCAAGGCGCUCACAGCGGUGAUUUUGACGUGCUCGAUUUGCUGUAAUAUCAGUGCGGGCAUCACGAUUACGGUCGGGGAUCGGAGGAGCAGGAAGAAGAUGGUGGUGGAGCAGAUGUUUAGGCAGGGGUUGACAGAGGAGGCGUUGAAGAAGCUGAGGAAGGAGAAGGGGUUGAAGGCGAAGGGGGUCAAGGUGGGGAAGAAGGAGCGGAAGGAGGAGAGGAAGAGGAGGGAGAAGGCGAGGAAGGAGCAGGGGAGGGUGGGGGAGGGGGAGGAGGAGGGGGGGGAGAAGUAG